CUACGUCAUCACGUCGUUGGAACCUUCAGCUGUCAGACUUUGGCCACCCCAGUGCAGGGUCUGUUGUUGGCAAACUAAUACGAACAAUACAGCUUUAUUUAAAGUUGUGCAUUCUUCUGCUGGUCGAUCUUUGAACGCUUAGUCCGUGGCUGUAGCACCGAACCUGCACGGAGACCAACCGCCUCCUUCUAGUCUUUGCUGGAUCUUGCACAACAAGCCAGCGAUCCUGAGCGGGUGGAAGGGUAGAUGCAGGGAGGGAGGGAGUAAAAAAAGGCAAAAGUCUUUGUGCUUCCCUUCCCCCUCAUCAAAGCAAAGGGGAAAUGUCUCUGUCCAAAGGAGGGAAGAAAAAGAACCCUGGGCUGAAGCUGGCCAAAGAAGUGUUUACGCCUCCCCCACCAGCAGCAACAGCGCCCCCUCGAGAUCUUGAUUCUAAAGCUUGUGUUACAAUUGGAGAUCAGAACUUUGUGGUGAAGGCAGAUGACUUGGAGCAGAUUGCGGAGCUUGGUAGGGGAGCGUAUGGGGUGGUGGACAAGAUGAGACAUGUGCCCAGUGGCGUUAUCAUGGCUGUCAAGAGGAUUCGUGCUACAGUGAACACACUGGAGCAGAAGAGGCUUCUGAUGGACUUGGACAUUUCCAUGAGGACAGUGGACUGCUUCUUCACAGUGACCUUCUAUGGCGCCCUCUUCAGAGAGGGUGAUGUUUGGAUCUGUAUGGAACUGAUGGACACGUCUCUGGAUAAGUUCUACAAGAAGGUUAUUGAGAAAGGCAAAACCAUCCCUGAGGACAUCUUGGGCAAGAUCACAGUAGCAAUUGUCAAGGCAUUAGAGCAUCUGCACAGUAACCUGUCAGUGAUACACAGAGAUGUGAAGCCCUCCAAUGUUCUGAUCAACACACAAGGCCAAGUGAAAAUGUGCGACUUCGGCAUCAGCGGCCACCUGGUGGACUCUGUGGCCAAAACAAUGGAUGCAGGCUGCAAGCCCUACAUGGCGCCUGAGAGGAUCAACCCUGACCUCAACCAGAUAGGCUACAGUGUCAAGUCAGACAUAUGGAGUCUUGGUAUCACAAUGAUCGAGCUUGCCAUUUUAAAGUUUCCCUACGAGUCUUGGGGUACGCCAUUCCAGCAACUGAAACAGGUGGUGGAUGAACCGUCUCCGCAGCUCCCUGCCGACCGCUUCUCUCCAGAGUUUGUUGACUUCAUCUCCCAGUGCUUAAGAAAGAAGCCAAAUGAAAGACCAGCUUAUACAGAAUUAAUGACUCAUCCAUUUUUCACCCUGCACGACUCCAAAGAGACAGACGUGGCCAGUUUUGUCAAGGUCAUCCUGGAUGACUGACGGGUUCCCUCCAGGCUCCAUCUCUUCAGGGUAGGCGGGACCUCUCCGCAAACAAACCAAUGGCCUACCUUUUUUUUUUUUUUUUUUUUUUUUUUUUUUAAAUGAAGCUCACUGGAAUGACAGACUCUCAUGCACCCAGAAACAACAGGGGUGUGACCCAAAGACUGACAACAGCCCAGCAGCUCUGGAGUGGGAGAGCUGUGGCAAUAUGAACUUGUGCGGUGAACUGGAGAGGUUCAGUUCAAUCCUCCAAGCUUUCCAUGUGAGCGAGUUAUCCAAAAUGACAAAUAUGAACUGAACCUAAAUUGUUGCUUUUGUGUUGUUCUUUUUUCCCCUUAUCUCUCCCUUCAGAAUGAACAGAGCCAGCCGCUAUCUGUUUGUGACACAUAUUGUAAGCAUACUUUGAAUUUCCUCAGCAAAACCAACAGUUAAUAUGUAUGUUGUUGUAUGUGCAUUGAAAGCUAUAUUUGCAUAUUUGUUUGUAUGUUUUCUUAUUAUACAGAGUUUUGAUACUGUAUAAUGUUGAAUUUACCAGACAAGUGUAUUUCUACCGGACUAGGGCCUUAUUCCUCAGAUCACAUCAGGUUGGACUGCAGUUGUUGCAGGCCAGGCUGUGGGAGGUUCUGGGGGGCAUAAGAAAAUGUCAGUGGUCACAUUGUGAACGGGAGAAGUCGUUUUUAGAUCUCUUGGUGGCAUGAAUCAGGAAUGUCAGGUGUACUAUAUUAGUGAUCUGUUGCGUCGCCCUCCGUACAGUGACCUGACGCCUUUGCUUCUUCUUUCUUGGGUAUUAAAGAAUCAGCUCCAGGGCUCCCAUUGUUACCACCUGAAAGUGUUCAGGGGUUGCCUCGUGAAACACACAGAUUUCUCUCCUUCGAUGUGCCACUUUGCAAAUUGUUCUCAUGAAUCACUGCAUUAAUUGUGUUUUUAUUCUCUCUUUUGGACUUGUUUUUGCUUGAAUUUUUGAUUUUUUUUUUUUUUUUUGCAACAUUUAAACUUGUUUUUCUUCUCAAAUCUGGAUUUAGCAUAGACGUUUCAUAAAGAGGCACUUACAUUUGUUUUGGUUUGAGAUCCUGUUAUGCCUUAUAGAGACAGAAUGUUAGGGAAAUAAUUUAUGUGUUGAAGAUGUAAAUAUUAUCUGCUUUUUAAAUGGCACUGUCCCAACCUGUCCCUGUUGUAAAUGAGGGGUAGAGUGGUUGCUAUUAGUUCAUUUUAAUUCAGUGUAACACACAUAUAAAAACACUUCGUACUCACACGGCCAGCUGACUGUCGUACAUCUAUAGCUCAGGUUCAUGUGCUCUCCUACACAGUAUGCCCCUAGGUCGUACUUUCCCGUGAGUACUGGACCAAGAGCUUCUUUUAAGUCUAUGGUGGGAAGCUAUUAUCUCCUCUGUCAGACCAUACUAUGCAGAGCUCCUUGGACACACAGCAAGAGGCCCUCUUCAUGUGGCAGUUUCCCCACUCCCGAGUGUUCUGUUAUGAUGAUGAUAGUGACGAUGACUGCCAUGCCCGUGUAAAUGGCUAGCACUCAUUGCCUCUCUGGUUUAUGCUGUAGUGUUAUCUAUAUCAAAAGUCAGUAAGUUAGGACUAUUUAUGAUUGUGAAUAAUAAGGGAAAGCUAGUAACACCACAAAGAAGCUGCUGUUAUUUUCUUAUUUUUAGUUUUUCUUUUCCAGUCGGCCUUCUGUGGAUGGCCAUUCCCUUGGUGUGUAAAAGUGGGUUUUAUGCUGAUCACAAUGAGAAUGGAACACUUGCUCUACCUCUUACUCCUUCACUCUAUUUGCCACCUUUUCACAGGGUGGGACCGACGAACUUGAACUAUGAAAAGACAAGAAAUAAAUAAAGGUCUUUAUUGUUCAGUA